UUCAACGUUGAAACACACAACAGACAGAUCACACACAAGAGCUCUCUUCUCUGCUCCUCCAGAGUUGUCUUUCACGAGAAUUCUCUGCGCUUUUCCAAGAUAUGUUUGACGAUCAAGAUCUGGGCUUCUUUGCCAAUUUCCUCGGAAUCUUCAUUUUCAUACUGGUGAUAGCCUACCACUUCGUUAUGGCUGAUCCUAAAUUCGAAUAGAGAGAUGAGGUUCAAAUUCACUCGUCUAGUUCGCAUUCCCAUACUUGAAGAUGUUUUGUGUUUUCAGUAGGAUUAUUGAUGUAUGUUGUUGACAUUGUGAUUUUAGGUGGAGAAAUCUNUUUUUUUUUUUUUUUUUUUUUUUUUUUUUGUAGUUUGUGACAUUGUUAUUCAUAUACUUUGGUAAUUCACUAUAAUUAAAAGGCUUUUUUCUA